GACCCUGCCGGAGAAGCGUCUGUGGCAGCCCCCAGUAAAGCCCAGGCGAUGUCUCCGCAGCCUGGCUGUCACUGGCACUGCCAGCGGUGAGGCCGCCCGCGCCAGCAUGGCUCUGUACAACAACGGGGCCGAUGUGCCUUCGCCCCAGGAAGCCUCCAACGGCUUCUCGCAGCCUGGCGCCUCGGGUACGUGGCACAAGGGCGAGGAGGAGGUGCGGAUGGUGGAGCCCAGCCUGGUGAAGAAGGCUCACCGGGAAAUCCUGGACCAUGAGCGCAAGCGGCGGGUGGAGCUGAAGUGCAUGGAGCUGCAGGAGAUGAUGGAGGAGCAGGGGUACUCCGAAGAGGAGAUCCGGCAGAAAGUGGGAACCUUUCGGCAAAUGCUUAUGGAGAAGGAAGGCGUGCUCACCAGGGAGGACCAGCAUGGGCGCCAAAU